AGAAGGGGCAUGUGGACUGGACUGUAGAUCACAGUAUUAUUCUUUUCCCAUGUAAAGUUGGUUGCACCUGCGGCAGUUUUUGGAACUUUUCCUGGAAAGGCCAGUGAAUACUCUCACUACUGCCAGAUGAAGCCAUGAAUCGCAUUGCACUCAUGCCCUUUCUUCUGCUCACUAUGAUGCUGCUGCUGUGGGGUGCAGUGUCUGUCAUUUCAGCUCAAGGCCAGCAGCUGUGCUUUUCCAAACAGCACCAGGAGAAGACCAUAAAUGUCAGGGUUGCACUCUCAAAAAAGACAACAAUCAUGCAUGCAGUUUGCCAUCCUUCUGAACUGGAUUGCCUGAAGGCUUGCUGCUCCACUGAUCCAAAAGAUUUGAAUUGCAACAUAGCUAUUUUCAAGCCUGGAAAACUACAAGGAACUGAAAACUGUUAUUUGUUUCACUGCAAAAGAGAUGAAGAUUGUCCUCUAAUGACCAUGAAUGGGGUCAAUACCUACAAUAUAUUUAAAGGUUUGGAGAUAAUAAAUGCUGUGUCAACUGCAACAAACAGAACUACUGCAGCCACAACUACGACUCAUUCUACUACAACUCCAGCAUCUAUCACUCUGCUAACACCCACCACUACGACUACCAGACCCUCUAUUAGUACUUCAACACCUACCACCACUAAAGCAAGCACUUGUACCGCCACUGUUGUUAUUGCUCGAAAACCACACCAACCCACUGAAAAACCACCUAUAGAUCCAAAUAUAGCACUGCAAGUCACACCAAUAACAAAUACAGUAUCCACAACGGCAACUAAAAUUUUUACACCCCCCAUAUUUAUUUCCAUAGCUCAAUCAGCACACCCCCGCACUGACCAUGUCUACCCUGACAGCUUGACUCCUCUAGCAGGGAGAGAUACUAACAACCUGGGAGCAGUGAAAUACAGCCUGGUAGCUGCUGUGGCAGUGGGACUAGUGUGUUUGACCUGCUUUGUGGCCUUGGUGGGAAGGAAAGCUGCAGAAUCAUUCAACCAUAGACAAUACACCCGCUUGGAGCUUAACAACCUAAAAUAUGACAUCUAAAGUACAUCUGCUUAGACACAAUGACAUCAAGUUGGGCAUCUGACUUGCCCUUGUGUCUGGAACUUGAAGCUCAUUCACCACAUUAACUAUAAUGCUAAUUUCUGAGCAGUGAAAAGAGCCUUAUUACUCAUGUAAUUACUCUGUGUCUCUGACCGUUUUUUUUUCUUGUUUCUCUUGACUUCCAUUGGCACAACUGUGGUCCUUAUGUUGACAAACAUCCAUAACAUACUCCACAGGCAAUCAAAAAGGCAACCAAAAAAGCAAUUGAACUGACCAGUUAUGAUUCUCUGAAUUUAUAUGGUGAAACAAUUUUUUUAAAUACCCUUAAAUGACUUUAAAAUUACUUUAACCGGAUCUGAAUGGUUUGAUCACAAAUCUAAAAUUGUACAAAUCAAGAAAAAAAGAUGUAAUUGUCCCAAACAUUAUGGUGUUCAUAUGUCUACAUCUAAUCAUGUCAUAUCUUUAUCUUAUAUUAAUAAACAUCUGCUGGUAGAAUGUACCCCGUAUAGGAAGGAAAUUAUUCUUUACAGUGUGUGAUUUUUUUAUUUGCCAUCUGAAUCAAUAAAAUCUAAAAUUUUUACAAAAACUUUUUUUUGAGGCAUCCUUGGCUCAGUUAGGUCAGGAACCCACAUUGCCAGGUCACACGCUCUGGUUGCUUGGCCCCUUCCUACUUACUGAAAUCACUGCUUUGGGCAGUAUUAUUGCAGUAAGAGUUCAAUCCUCAACAGUGUAAGCCAAGCUGGCAGUUUCCACCUCACAGCUCAAGCUGAGCUCCCAGCUUCAAACUUGCAGAUCUCAACUCCCCGCUCACUCUGCUAUCUUUGGGUUACUGUAGGUUACACAUAUGUAUGCCCAACACCACAAGCCACCAGAACAGCUUCAAUGCACUUUGGCAUAGAUUAUACAAGUCUCUGGAACUCUACUGGAGGGCUGGAACAUCAUCCUUCCAAAAGAUAUCCCUCAUUUGGUGUUUAGAUGAUAGUGGUGGAGAGCACUGUCUAACACGUCGGUCCAAAAUCUGUCAAGUGUUGACAACUGGGUUGAGAUCUGGUGACUACGAAGGCCAAAGCAUAUGAUUCCCAUAAUUUUGAUACUCAAACAAUUCAGGGACCCUGUGGAAGUAUGGGUUUUCUUCAUUCUUUUAAUGUUUUUACAUUUCUUCUUAUUAAAGAUUGUACUGAUCAAGUAUAUAUUUAAAUGUAUGUGAUUAUGGGAUGAUCUCUGAAGAACAAUAGGUAUUCUGUGUUAUGUCUAUUUGUAACUAAGGAAAGACAGUGGUCUCCCUGUACACUGAUGCAUACUACCUAAAGAAUCUUUGACCCCCAGUUGCAGGAGGGAAAAUUGUAAACAUUUACUUGGGUGGAAUUUUGUAAGUAACUUCUGGUGGGAAACAGUCUUGUGCAGAACACCUUUGAGUUGUAAGAGAAGAGAAAGAAUACUGAUUUAGAAAGAACUGAGUUGCUAUA